AGUCUAUCCUGGCCUGGAUCUCACAGAGAGCCAAUGAAGGGAGGGAGAAAUAUACUGGGAUGAGGUUUAAUACUUGCAGGGGGUAAUACUUGCUGAUGGGCCAAACAACUCAUUUCAAUUCCAUUUCCAUUGCAGUUUCAAGCACAGGGCAGGCCAAAUAACUAAUUUCAUUUUCAUUUAAUUUCCAUUUUCAUUUCCAUUGCAGUUUCAAGCACAGGGCAGGCCAAACAGCUCAUUGCAUUUCCAUUGCAGUUUCAAGCACAGGGCAGGCAAAAAGCUUUUGGCAUUUUAAUUAAGGGCUGUCAAAACAUUUAUUGCAAGUACAUUGCACUCGCAGUUCAGUUGAUUCACUGCUUAGAAUCACAAUCGUGGCCACUCCCUCGCAAUCUUCCAGUGACUGACUCCCGUCCAGCCAUCACGAUAUAGGGUACCGUUUUUUAUAAAAUCAAUAAACAGCGCAGACAGCAAGUGGUCAAGAUGAGACUUUUAGUUGUAGAGAUGAGUGGGUUUUUAUUUUGCACGGAGAGUGGUGGGUGCCUGGUACGCACUUCCAUGGGUUAUGGUGGAGGCAGAUAAGGUAGUGAUGUUUAAGAGUGGUUUUAGAUAGGCACAUGGAUAUUUGGGAUACGAGGAGAAGGUUGCUGGGGAGAGGUGAGGGCCGGCAGAGCCUCGGACAGAGGGAGAGAGGGUCACGGGUAGUGCUGUGGAGCAGUGGGAAGAGAGUGUGAGUGGCAGUGGGAGAGAAGGGAAGGCACCGAAGGGAAUUGCGUGUGGGAUGUGGCGGAUGCCGACCUCAGGAGACUCUGUUUCUCUCCCUCUCCAGGUCAACACUGUGCUGCUAGUUUGGACGCUCUGCGUACUGAGGAAACAUUUUGCCUCACGCAACAAGGAAGUGUCGAAGCUCAAAGAAACCAGGUACGUGGAGCAGAGAACAUAGAACAGUACAGCACAGCAACAGGCCCUUCAGCCCACCAUGUCUGUGCUGACCACUAUCAACGUUGCAACUCAUCCCAUCCGCCUGCAAGUGGGCCAUAUCUCUCCAUCCUCAACCUGUUCAAGAGCCUGUCUGAAUGUCUCUUAAAUAUAACCAUGGUAUCUGCUUCCACCUCCUGUCCUGGCAGCGCAGUCCAGGCACCCAUCACUAUAUAAAACCAACUUGCCUCUCAUAUCUCCUUUAAACUUUCCCCCUUACACUUCAAACCUAUGCCCUCUAGCAUUUGACCUUCUCCCCCAUUGAGAAUAAAAUUCUACCCACCUUACUUGUAGGAAAGAACUGCAGAUGCUGGUUUAAAUUGAAGAUAGACACAAAAUGCCUGAGUAACUCAGCGGGACAGGCAGCAUCUGUGGAGAGAAGAAAUGUGUGACGUCACCCAUUCCUUCUCUCCAGAGAUGCUGCCUGUCCAGCUGAGCUACUCCAGCAUUUUCUGUCUAUCUAUCCACCUUAUCUUUGCCUCUCAUCAUUUUACGUUUUUCUAAAAUCUGAGGCUCAUCCCUCAGCCUCAGUCAUUCAGGGGAACACAAUCCAAGUUUGUCCAACCUCACCUUAUUUCUAAAUCUCUCUGAUCCAGCCAGCAUCCUGAUGAACCUCUCAAAUCUCCUUUAACUUUCACCCUCUGUACGUGAAGUCAUGCCCUUUGAUAUGUGACAUUUCCACCCUGAGAAAGUAUACAUCUUCCUUAUUGAUGCCCCUCAUAAAUGUAUAUAUUUCUCAUCAGGUCACCCCUUAGCCUCUGACAUUCUGGAGAAGGCAUUCCAAGUUGUUCCAAACUCUCCUUAUAGCUCAAACUCUUUAAUCCUGGCAGCGUUCUGAUGAAUCUAUUCUGCCCCUUCUCCAAGUUCCACCACAACCUUCCUCUGGUGACCAGAAAUGCAGGUACUGGUCCAAAUGUGAUCCCUGGUGACUGUGGGCUGAGGGACGGCAGGGUCCCAGGGUGGGUCUGGCCAUGGUGCUGAUCUCUGAUCAUGGUGACAAUGGAAGUGGGGAGGGAAGCUGGAUUAGUUUACAGAUACAGCUUGGAACCAGGCCCUUUGGCCCACCGACUCCAUGCUGACCAUUGAUCACCCGUUCACACUAGUUCUAUGUCAUCCCACUUUCUCAUCACUCCCUGCACACUUUGGGCAAUCUGCAAUUAACCUAUAAACCCACAUGUCUUUGGGGUGUGGGAGGAUACUGGAGCACCCAGAGGAAACCCACGUGGUCGCAGGGAGAACGUUCAAACCCCACACAGGCAGCACCCAAGAUCAGGAUCAAACCCGAGUUUCUGGCGCUGGGAGGCAGCAGCUCUACCCGCUGCACCACUGUGCCCCCCCUUAAGUCAGGAUCGAUUUCUUCAUGAUGACUUUCCCCAUUGACCUGCACAGGAACAGGCCCUUUGACCCACAAUAUCUGCGCCAAUCAGGUGAUUAUAUGAAAGAUGCACUGAUUUUACAACUUGGUGUUGGGUGUUCAGAAUGCCCCAAGAGUGUGAAAGUUCCCACAUGGAAGGAGUUUCUUCAUGACAAUGUUCCCAUUGACCUGCUCUCUUCCCUCCUUGUGCACAGAACCCUGACCCUCAAGGCUGCCGCACGGAUGCUUGUUUUGGGAAGCACCUGGAUUUUGGGAAUAUUCCAGGUGGAUGAGAGUACCAUGGUGUUGUCCCACUUGUUCACCGUCAUCAACAGUCUGCAGGGGCUGUUUGUUUUCCUCAUUUACUGCGUCUUCAACCGCCAGGUGGUGACUGAAUGUCGGAAAUGGUUGACCAGAAAGCACAAGAAUUUCACCACCGAAUCCUCACAGACUGAGAUGAACCCGACUGAGACUCAUAAAACGUCCUAAGCGAAAGGUUCAAGACUCAUGGACAAGAUUUAUCGCAGUGGAUUUUCCUCCUUUCAUGCUCUCUCAGUCGUUCCCCAUCUCUCUCUGCUUUCCACCCCGAAGAUUAUGGAUUGAAGUCACUCUCCAGUGGUGGGAGAUUUACGUUUCAGGACUGCUCGCUCCUCCAGAAUUAUUUGGCUCAUCCUGGGCUUGUGAAAAGACAACGUAGAAUGUAAGGCGGUGUCUGCACGUGAGCUGAUCAGGGAAUGUAUGGAUGAGCAUUGGCUUUUGCACAUGUGACCACAAAUAUAUUUCUGGACUUCUGCUCAUUUUCCAAGUUUUGCCCAACCAUCCCGCAUUAUUCAGCAUUAUUCCCCCUGAGAUACUCGACAGUGCAGACAACACUCGGACAUCACUGUGUUUAAGAAGGAUGUCUGAAGAAGGGUUUUGGCCCGAAACGUUGCCCAUUUCCUUCGCUCCAUAGAUGCUGCUGCACCCGCUGAGUUUCUCCAGCUUUUUUGUGUACAUCACUGUUGGCAUCUGAUCUGAAGUCAACGUCAGCCCAGAUUUGGUCAUGACCUUAUCCCAAACGUUGCAAACACAAGUAUGGAUUGGUGCACAUGCACGGUCCAGAUACACACAGAUCAUGUACACACGUGUACACCACAUACUGACAGAUGCAACACACCUGCAAAACAGAUCAGGACAGAACAAUUCAUAGAGUACACACAAAAACAGACAUGCGUACACAUGCAUGUACAUAUGGCACAUACACUCACAGAUAUGCACAUACGCAGACGCACCCACAGACAUACACACACAGACAUGCGCACAUAACACACACCCACAGACCUGCAUGCACAGACAAGCACGCACACAGAACCGCACAUGCACAUAUAGAAAUAGAUACUCGCAGACCCAGGGCCGAGCUUAAGCCGAUUGGACCGAUUUUUCCCAAUUGAGCCCCGUGUUAAUUUUUUGUAUUUCAUACGUAAUACAAAUCUGCUUUGUUAAAUAAAGAUUAAAAAAAAACAUUCGCCAUACGGGUAUUUUUACAAAAUGAACAUGGAUAACAACCGCUGCAUGGUCAUGAAACACAAACAAUUUGUUAGCUACUACUGUUAGCACUUAUUAACAGAUCGUAGUUAACAAGUAGUUAUACAAUGUGUCAUCAAUGCAUCGAUCCACAUUCUUCUUGGUGAGCUUCUUGGUGUGCAGCAGGUAGUCAUUCAAUUUACCUACCGACCCACAUUGUGUCUCUCUGUCUUUCGCUCUCCCCCUCUCUCCCUCUUUUUUAUUUUUUUUAUUUCCAAGACUUUAUUCGACACAACAAAUGAUAUAACAGUUCAAGUCAUAAACAAAAAAAAAGAAAUUACACUAUAUCAAGUGUCAUUAUAAUACAAAAUUACAACCAUUGUUCACAAUACUCUCAACUCCACGCGGUGACCAGCGCCCACGGAAUACCUCCAAAGUCCCCGUGGACACCGCAUGUUCCCUCUCCAGGGACACACGUGCACGGACGUAGGUCCGAAAGAGGGGCAGGCAGCCGACUCUUGCCUGAUCAUCCAUCGUCUGCUGCCUGGACCCGUGUAUGGCCAUCUUGGCCAGGCCCAACAGCAAACCGACAGGUAGGUCCCACCCCCCCCACUCGGCUCUCCCCACACCCUGCCUUGUGUCCAAACACAAGAAUCGUAGGACUAAAAUGCAACCAGAACUUUAGGAACAACCCCUUCAGAUAUUGGUACAGGGGCAGUAGCCUCUCAUGCUCCAUAUAAAUGUGGAACACGGUCUCUUCCUCACCACAGAAAAUACAAGCAGCGGACGAGCCCGUAAACCGACUCAAAUGUUUAUUACACGCCACCGCUGUGUGCAACACUCUCCACCCCAGGUCCCCAAUGUAAAGGGGGACAACUCCCUUGUAGAGGGACUCCAACUGGGGACCUUCCCUGCCUUCAGGUGGUAACACCGCCCGCCAUGGUGUGUCAGGUCGGGAAACGAAGGCAAGGAGGUGCAGAAUGUGCAGGAACAUUUUAUACAGUGAGCGUCUCUUCGCGUCACGAAACGGCACGCUAAUCAUCUCAGAAAGGCGGCUCAGGUUGUGUGGAGCCGGUGCCCGGGAAAUAUCCCGGGGGCUGGGACUGAUGAGCAGAUCUGGCGGAGCGGGUAAAAGCUCAUUCAGAACCACUCUAGGCGCGCGCCUCUCCUCGACACUCACCAUGACUGGGUGAGGACCGGCCACUCCCGCAGCUGCAACAUCCCCCUCCCCUCGUGGAGCAACACGCUGGCUGAAAACAACCAGAUUCCUCACUCUUAGCACAUCCCGGUAGAAAACAGGCAAGCCCCUUAGGGCGGGUCGACUGAUGCCCGCCACCGGGAGCCGCGAGACCCCCCAUAGACAACGACCCCAUCUGGAAAAAAUACGUGGCCAAAGUGUGCCAUCUGGGGGGGUUCUCUAUAUACAUAUACCUCCUCAGAGUCCUGAGGCGGAGAGCCGCCACCUGGGUACGCAUGCAUACCAAGGACUGGCUGCCCUCUAACAGGAGACUCAGGGCCGCUACGGAAACCCAGUGCUUCCUAUUACCCCAAAAGAAGUCCACCAGCUUCUUCUGUAAAGCAUUUACAAAAAUGGAAGGUGGGACAAGAGCAGCCAGCCGGUACCAUAACAU